AUGCCGGCUCCUCCAGCUCCAUUCGAGGGGCAAAAGAACAAGGCUCAUAAUGUUCACAAAAGUGGUGGAAAAGCAAAGAAGCGAGAUAAGAAAGAGCCAAAAGCGAAAGGAAACAAUGUGAAGGCCUUCACCUUCCAUUCCGCUGUCGCCGCUGGAAAAGCUAUCCGCAGAGCUGCUGAUCUCAAUGAGAAAAAGAAACAUGUUCUGAUGAUGGACAGAAAGCCGUUAGAAGCUCCACCAAUUAUCGUUGCUAUUGUUGGACCGAGUAAAGUUGGAAAAACUACACUUCUUCGAGGACUUGUCAAGUAUUAUCUUCGUGAUGGAUUCGGAGAAAUCAACGGACCAGUUACAAUAGUUACUGGAAAGAAACGUCGUGUACAGUUCGUUGAGGUCAAAAAUGAUAUUAAUCAUAUGAUUGAUAUUGCAAAGGUUGCUGAUCUGGUUCUAUUGAUGGUCGACGCUUCGUAUGGUUUUGAAAUGGAAACCUUUGAGUUUCUCAACAUUUGUCAAGUACAUGGAAUGCCACGUAUUAUGGGUGUCUUGAAUCAUCUAGAUCUUCUCGAUGGAAUCUCUCGUGUUAAUAAGACCAAGAAAAUUUUGAAGCACAGAUUCUGGACAGAACUCUAUCAAGGUGCUAAGCUGUUCUAUAUGACUGGAAUGGUACAUGGACAGUAUAAAUACAAUGAAAUUCACAAUUUGACUAGAUUCAUUUCUGUUAUGAAAUUUCGUCCGAUGGUCUGGAAAGAUGCUCAUCCCUACGUUCUCUGCGAUCGAUUCGAAGAUGUUACAAACGCUGAAACGCUAAGAACGGAACCUUUGGUGGAUAGACACGUAGCAAUGUAUGGUUGGGUGCAUGGUGCACAUUUGAAAAAUCAUUCGUCGAUUCAUGUACCAGGAGUUGGAGAUAUGAGAAUCAGUAAUGUCACCAGUCUCCCGGAUCCCUGUCCAUUGCCCGAUGAAAUCAAACGACGUGCUCUGAAUGAGAAGGAGAGAAAAGUUUAUGCACCAUUUUCGGGAUUGGGAGGAGUCAUUUAUGAUAAGGAUGCAAUUUACAUCGAAUCCAAAAAUGCUCAUAACUUUAAUAGAAAGCGAGAUCAUCUUGUCGAAGCGUUGGAAGGCGUCAAGUCAGGAAUCGAUGACAAGCUUAAGAAGUCAUCACUUCAACUUCUCGGUGAUUCAGUUGCAUUGGAUGUUGAUAUGGAAUCAGAUGCAGAAGAGGGAAAUGUAGAAGAAAUCGAAGAUGAACAUGAAGAGAUGGACGAUGAGGAAGAGGAAUUUGAUGAUGAAGAGGAAUUUGACGAUGAAGAAGAAUCUGAAGAAGAGGAAGACGACGAACUUGACGUUAAAAAAGAGGAGGUCGUAGAAAAUGAGUGGUCGAAUCUCGCCUCUAAAGCCGUUGCUCAAUAUCGCGAAUCAAAAAAUUUGAAAGUAAAUUGGAUGAAGUUAGUUUAUGGCGGAGAGAAAGUCACAAAAGAAGAGCAAGAGGAAACUAUUGAUGACUUGUUCGUAGUCCGAAAGCAGAACCAAAAAAGCGAAGAUGACCAGGAAGACGGAUUCGGCUAUGGUGUUCUCCCAACCAUUUGUUCGACUUCUUCGAAUGACUGGAAUCUUGAGGAAAUCCGUCAAUCGAUCGCUGAUUCAUUCGUUACUGGAAACUGGAGUGAGGAGGAUGCUGAAGAAGAACAACUAAAGAAAGAAAUUGGAAGUGAUGAUGAGGAAGAUGACGAGGAUGAUGUGGAUGACGAAGAAGAAGGCGAUGAAGAAGACGGAGAUGACAAGAAAGGAGAUGAUUCAGAAGCCGACAAAACUCGGAAACAGAAACGCCUCGAAGCUAAAAUCAAGCUGAAGCAGAGGUUUAACGAUGACUAUGAUGAAACUUGCAAGUUUUACAAUAAAGCAAAGAACGAGUUGACCGAACAAGCAGAUCUCAAUCGUCAAGUAUUCGAGGGAAUGGACGAAGAAGAAAGAGAGAAAAUUGAAGGCUUCCGUGCCGGACGUUAUGUCAGAAUCGAGAUUGAAAGCGUUCCAUGUGAAUUCGUUAUUCAUUUUGAUACGACUGCACCCUACAUUAUCGGUGGACUGCUUCCUGGAGAACAGAAUAUGGGAGUUGUGCAAGCAAGAGUCAAGAGACAUCGUUGGUUUGAGAGAACAUUAAAAUCAAGAGAUCCUUUGAUCAUCAGCUGUGGAUGGAGAAGAUUCCAGACGAUUGCAAUCUACUCUGUUCAAGAUCACAACAUGCGUCUUCGUUUCCUCAAAUACACCCCAGAACACAUGCAUUGUCACGCAUCGUUCUUCGGACCUAUUUGUGCCCAAAAUACGGGUCUUCUAGCGAUUCAGUCGAUUGCCGAUAAAACUCCGGGAUACCGAAUUGUCGCCACCGGUGGAGUUUUAGAUCUCGACAAGUCCACUCAAGUAGUCAAGAAACUAAAAUUAAUCGGACAUCCUGAGAAAAUUUUCAAAAAGACUGCAUUUGUGAAAGGAAUGUUUAAUUCACAACUAGAAGUCGCGAAGUUCGAAGGAGCCACGAUUCGUACAGUUGCUGGAAUCCGUGGACAAAUCAAGAAAGCCAUCAAAGCACCUGCUGGAGCAUUCCGUGCAACAUUUGAAGACAAAAUUCUUAUGAGAGAUAUCGUAUUCCUACGCUCCUGGGUUACUGUACCAAUCCCUCGCUUCUAUACUCCCAUUUCUGACCAUCUUCAAGCUUCUGCGGAGCCAUGGAUCGGAAUGAGAACUGUCGGAAAGAUGAGAUCAGAACUGGGAAUGGGAACUCCACAAAACAAGGAUUCUGACUACAAACCCGUCGUUCGCAAAGAAUUCGAAUCGGCACCAAUCCAUCUUCCACCGAAACUCCAAAAGAGUUUGCCAUUCAAGAUGAAGCCAACAUAUCAAGCAAGAGAGGAGAAGGAGAAGGAUUCAUUGAUUGCCAAACAUACUGUUGUAGUUUUGGAACCAGAGGAGGCAAAGAAAGAGAGAUUUAUGGAUAUGUUGAGAACAUUGAAUGAAGUGGAUUUGAAGAAACAAGAAAACAUCAAGGAAGGAUACAAGAAAAGAAAAGCCGAAGAGAUGGCUGAAAGUGAGGCGAAACGCGAGAAGAGCAUCAAAUCACGUAAGAAGGAGAUCAGUCGUGUCCUAUCGAAAAAAGAACAGACCAAACUUCGCAAAGCUCUCGGAACCAGUGCUAGUAGCUCUUAA